CAACAAGAUGGCCGCUUGCUGUGCAAGGCCUUAGUGUUGUUGUCUCAGGAGGAAUAAUACUUGUACCUUUGAGAAACUAUAGUUGAUCGAAGAUGUCGAAAGCUGGUAAGCGGGGUAAAAGUGGCGACGUUAAAGGUGGUCCUGCUGGAGGCGGAAAGUGGGAUCAAGUUUUGACGUCGUGUGCAUUUGAAGAGGAGUCUUGGAAUCCGUGCUUGACCUGGAUUGUAGGUCGGCAGGCUGAAGAUUUCAAGCACAUAGAGGCACUCAACACCAUUGUACAGACAGGGUCACGCAAGUUAUUCUCUGUUGUCACCAAGGAGCAACUAUUCACUGAUGUACGAGAUCUCGGAAAUCCAAAGAAUAAGAAGACCAAAGAGAUUCCCGCCAACUCUGAAGUGUGUGAAGCUUGCAAACCAUAUCUAGAUGCUGGUGAUCCCAUCCCAGUCCCUCUUCUGGCUAAGCUCAUAAAAUGGAAACUUAUGGCCAUCAAAGCGGCUGACUUGAAGCGCAGAGAACUGGAAACAAAGUGUUCUAGAGAAGAUAGUGCUUUGAAAGCAAAGGCUGGGGCUGACAAAAAGAAAGGCAAAGACCAGAAAGAUGGAGGAAAGGAGAGAGCUAAGUCCCCCAAGAAGGGAGGCAAGAAGACUCCGGAGCCUCAGCAAGCCAAGGACGGCAGCAAGCUCAAAAAGCGCGGGGAGGAGGACAGUGACAGCAAAUGCAUUGAUGACGAGCCUGAUGACGGGGCCCAGCACUACAUCAUAGUCAGCGGCUUCCACGACCCGAGGCUGUUCCAGUACCUGGAGGAGAUUGGUGUGGUCAUCGGCAGCAUCAUUGCCGUGUCCUCCCAGGACUAUGAGAGGCUAAAGAAACCCGUGGUGGAGGCUGACAAUGCUGCUCCUGCAGAGCCAACAGAAGAAGAACUGAAAGAGGAAGAACUGCGUAAAGAACUGGACGUGUUCUGGAAAGAUCUACUCCCACUUUUGCAACGCUUACCCGACUCAUCUUCACUCCAUAACAUAGCCCGGCUGGAUUAUGAGGUGAAAUCUCUCAUUGUUCCAGCGGAUCCAAACGAUGCAGAGCAAAAGGUUCAGUACAGCACUGCCCUCUUUGAGGAUGCGGCUGUCAUGGUCUACGAUCUGUUGGAUGCCAGACGUCUGUACAAAACAUACCUGGAAAACCUGAAGCUGGUCAAGAUCCCGGUCUAUGGCCAGGAGGAAGCAACAGAGUCCUCCCCGCUGCCCCCUCCCACCCCAGGAGCAGCCAAAGGGGAAGCACCAGCCGCCGCUGCCACUCAAGGUCAGGAGGCUGGAGGUCAGGCAGCGUCUGCGACGGAGAAAGCCCCGCCUCCUCCUGUAGACAUGAGGUUCUACAACGACUUGAUGAACACCGUGCCCCAGGAGAGUGUCAGCGUGUCCCUGGUCAUGCACUGCAUGCUGGAGCAGAUCUCUGCCACAGAGGAAGGGACAGACCCACCCAGCGAGCAGGCUCCUCCUGUCCGCUCAGACGGGCUCAACUUUAACCUGGCGUCUUAUCUCAGCGACGUCGCCCAGAGACUUGGACUGUCGGAGAAGGAACAUAAUCUUCUGUCUGAGGUCCUGGAUCUGCCCAGCCCUCCUCCAGAAGAGCCCAACCCCCCAGAGCUUGUCAAUAUCCAAGAUGGCAUCAGCAUCCGCACGCUUCAUCUCAAGCCUCAUUAUGGAUUUGACCCAGCUGCUGUGGAAAGAGCCAUGCUGCAGUUCCUUCCCUUUGCUCAGAUGUGUCAGCUGCACCGACCAACCUCGGCUGAGGCCAGGCUCAGAGCAGCCAGACUCCAGGAACUCAUUCACUUUUGUGCCACUGACAGUCUGUCAAAGUCAGAAAUUGACCGCGCUUUCAAACAGUUUGUGUUUGAAAGUAUGGAUUUGACUACCACGGACCCCAAUGGCUUCUUGCUGGAGAUACAGAAGGAAGGCUUGCAACAUACGGCUAUCCCAUGGGACGACCCGUACCCAUAUUUCAAAGUGAUGAUACCGGUUGAUAGAGCAUCUUCCAAGAAUCUGGAACUCUCAACUCCAUCCGAGGAAAGAUCAGCAAUGUCAGACGUGAUGCUGGAGGUUGUGGUUAACUUGGGACCGGGGGCCUGUACCCCAGACCCAGAGGCUGACAAUUCCAAAGGGAAAACGUCACGACCAGGCAGUGCCGAGAGCAAGAAAGGCAUCCUUAUCUCCAGCUCCCGACACUCCACCGGCAGUGUCAGUCCGCGACGGUCGCGCAGCAACUCUGUUCACUGGGGAGCUCCGGUGCCCCUCGAAGAGUCGGAGCUAGACCUGGGGGGUAAGGACGAGCUGGACACAAACACUGUGCCCGAGAGCCUGAUGGAGGUGGUGGAGGCACAGCAGAGGAAUCUGGACCAGUGGUGCUUUGCCGAGCACUUCAAGCCUCACAUCCUGGCACAGAUUCUGAACGAAGCAUCGUACCACCUCCCAUUCGCCGAGACAUACCAGCACAAACGUGACGAGACCCUGAUGCUGGUGCUGCACAAUCCGUACAGCCUGGAGCUGCAGAACCACGUGGACUGGCACAAAGAGCUGCACUCCAACAUGGGCUUCAGGAACUAUCUCGAAUACACUGCAGAAUCCAUCACGGAGUGGCUGAAAGAGAAAGAGGCAGAGUACCAAGCCUUGAUGCUGUCCAAAGAGGUGGAGUCUAUCCAAAAAGAGGAGGAGGAGAAGAGUAAAGCCUCGGAGAAGGCUGAAACCAAGGGGAAAAAGUCACCUAGGAAAUCACGAAGAGAAAGAAAAAUCGGAGAGAUCCAAGAGCCCCAAAGGUAGUGCAAGAUCCCGCCAGUCAAAGGCGGGACUAGAACAAGAAGCCCAGCCCCCAAGCACUCAAGAAGGCGGAGCUUCCAAUCAAGAGCCACAGGAGGAUGAGAAAUUUUGGCCUGUACCACCGCCAUCCGGUCAGUGUUGCAGAAAGAUGACCACAUCUUCGCCAUCCACGUGUUGAAUCCUCGUGAAGACAUGGGCCUCCCGGAAGACUACGAGAAUGAGCUUCAGCAAAUGGAAGAAACCAAGGGCGCGGACAGAGCGGAACUCUCCACUGCAGACAAAUCGGAAACCGAAAAGUCUGAGAAAGAGGAGACUGAGAAAGACGAUGGCAGUGAGAAGGAGAAGGCAAGCGAGGAAACGGAGCCAGAGGUUCGAGUCCGUCGGCCAGCAGUCAGCCAGUUUGGCUCCGUCACUGCUCAGCUCUCCGACGGAAUGGUGCUGGCUCUCAGUCAGUUUGGAUCCUCUGGAGAAUCUUACUUGAAGCCGUAUGAGCCUGCUCUGUACGUACCACCCGCGACCACAGAGACACCGUCUCUCCCCCAGCCCACGGCCAGCUCACCGUCCAAGGGCAAAAAAGAUGCAGGGAAAAAGGGAGUGCCUACUCCUGAGCCUGAAAAACUACCCACUGAUGAGGAACCAGUGGAGGAGGAGAAGAAAGAUGAAGAGAAGCCGAUCCCAAAACAAGAAUUCCAGGAGCUCUUUGUCACUUGUCCUGAUGGUCUGGCUAUCAAGUACUUCCUGCAGAGUUCUGUUGGUGUGGUGCCGGCUUCUAGCGAAGAGCGACAGCUGGCAGUGAGACAGAGUUAUCCUUUCAAGACCAAAGGUGUGCAGGAAUGUGAAUCGGCGCGGCGCAAGUACGUCCAGACAGAAGUGUCGCGGGUCAUUACGGCCGACGGAACGGUUGUGAAGAACAUGAUUGACGGCUCUGUGGAGGUUCUGAGUGCUGAUGGAACGGUCAGUGUGUUUACUGGUCAGUGGCAACUACCGUCAAGCCGGGCCAGCUCCCCAGCUCGCAGUGUUAAGAGUGGAGUGGACCAGGGCCGAGAUACUCCCACCAAAAAAGGUCGAUUGUCGGGAAAUAAAGGGGGCUCCCGCAAGCCUGCCCAGGCUGAGCCAGAGCUGGAGGAAGAGCUGAAGCUGACGAGCUCCGUGGGAAACUGGGUCAUCACCUACCCUAGUGGGGAGAGGCUGCAGGUUACCAAGGAAACGGGAGACUGCGUGGAGCUCGCUUCAGUCCCGAUAUGUAUAGCCACCGACCCAGACUCACAGCAGACGAUGGCGACCCGUGACGAUCAUGUGAUCACUGUCAGCUACCCUGACGGCACCACGGUGGUGGAGCAUGCGGACGGCACCCGCAUCACCGUGUACUACCGAGAGUCCACCAUUGCCAGCUCGGAGAAUGAUGAGACUCCCACUGAUAUGAACAUGCAGACCCUCAAGUUUGUCAAAGUGGAGUGCCCGGCUUUUGCCACUGUGGAGUUCAACACGGCGACGUCGGAGAACCUAACAGUGUUUGGCAGUGGUACCAGCAUCAAUGUCUUCCCCGACGGCUAUUAUAUCCUGCAUCACAGUUCAGGCGGAAGGGUGGAGGUGGACACGGAAGGUACGAUGGUCUACUUCCCUCGAAGAAGCCGCUUCCUGGAACAUUUGAUGCCGGAGAGAGAGCUGCAGUACGUCUUGCGGCACAAUGCUGAUGUCAUUAUGGAGACGGUGGAUCCGGAUGGAAACGUUUUCAACGUACGCUCUACCGGAGACUUCAAUGUCAUUCCCGUGCAAGGCGACGAAGCUCUCUCUGACGACAGCGAUGAACUGAACAAUGGCAAGGAGAAAAAAAUUUCUCAGUACGGCCAGCAUGCCCCUCGUUUCUUCAUAAUCCAUGCGGACGGCAGCGGUACCGAACUGUUGCGGUACCAGGAUGUCGCCGAGUAUUUGAUGAUGUCCGAACAGAAUCCGGCCACCGCUGUCCUCAAAGACUCAUUGCCCGAGCAUCCGGGUGUGACAGGCAUCACCAUACUCAAGCCGUACCUGUCUGGUUUGUCGGAGAGGUGGUUCAAGCGCUACGAUCAGGAGUCCAUUGUUCCUCAGGGCAUAAGGUGCCGAGACUUGAAGACCUUGCCCCCGCGGGAGUUCAAGAGGCCCGGCCCUCAGUUUGGCACCAACGUGGGCCAUGGUCUGAACGUCGGGGCGGCGGGGAAAGGCCCCACUCGCAUCCCCAUCCUUAAGUGUCCCAACAAACUGGAGCUACGGCAGGUGGUGCAGUACAGGCCCGUCUCCGAGCAGCUCCGAACCAGGCUUCAGACAGGUCUGCGGGAGUACGCGGAGGCGGUCGUGGGUCGCAUGCGGGCCGAGACUCUUAUGAGUGUCGGAGAUCCUCGCUCUGAGGACGAGAAAAUCCUGGCGCAGGAUCUGAAGAGCUUGGCGGACUCACAAAGAGCGGAGACUCGCGACUGUGAGCCAGACCAUGUCAAGUCAGUGUACGAGAAGGCUGUGGCCCCACCCCCUUCCAGCCCACCACCCACACCCCAGGCAAAGAGAACGCUGGCAGACUGGGAGAGAGACAGGAGGGAGCUGGAGGAGGAGAAAAAUGCCAAGAACAAACUGGAGCGCAAGAGUAUAGAGCCUUACUUUGAGAGUGAGCUGGGCAAGGCUUUCCUGCUCACUCAGGCCAGUGACAUGGACGAGAUGAUGCGUCAGCUGGCAGAAGAACCUCGCCGCGAGGCUGGGGAUGCGCUGAGAGGGGACAGUAACAGUCGUCUGACCUACACUCAGAGUCCUCUCUAUGCCCAGAAUGUGCCUCCGUCUCAACCUGGGGCUUCUGUACUGAGUGACCGGUCAACAACCUCAGAGUCACCUGCCACGAAUGCAAACCCGAAGAAUGGACAGGAGACGCCGCUGUCUUAUGCAGGUGCCAUGAGCGAGGCUCCGACACUCACGCCCUCUGGUGGAGUCCGCCCACACAACCCGACGCCGGCCCAUGCCACUGGUCAGGGCAGCCCUGCCCCUAUAAGGCCCAAGAACCCCACCCCAGCACAUGCUGGCAAAGUCCAGACUGACCGUCCAGGAAAUCCCACGCCCAAAAUAGCCCUGGGUGUGGAGACUCCGUCUGAGUACGAGCCGUCCAUUGUCAGGGGAGAGUAUCCCAUGAUUCUUGAACAUCCGUGGGAGGAAGAGAGUCAGAACAUGGAGAUCAAGAGCACAGACAGAGAGCUGAGUCACCACCAGGCCCUGACCACCAACGUGAUCGGGGAACCCAGGUCUGAGUCUGUUCCUCUGCCCACGUCCAUCAAAGGAGGGAGACCAGGAGCACAGCCCAACAUCAGGUACAUUCAGACGGAGGACCCUGUACGACGACAGGUGAAGACAUCUCUCGUUGCCGGGGCAACCAUCAAGGGCAAACAGCAGCUGGGCAUGAUGCGCGGCCUCAUCUGCCAGCCCGAGGGUGUUAACUUUGGCGUGCUCAAAGAGGGCUGCACGUACGCGUUUGCCGUGAUGCUACGCAACACGGGUGUAGACACGUGUCGUUUCAAGGUCAGACAGCCACCGCCAGCGACCGGUCUCCGUGUCGUCUACAAACCAGGGCCUGUGGCUGCGGGCAUGAGUGUGGAGCUGACGCUUGAACUGUACGCCAUCGCCAACGGGGUGGAGGGAGAGUCUGGCGUGGGAAGCCUGGGUCAUGUACUGGAGGUCGUCACCGAGACAGAUGUCCUGGAGGUGCCCAUCGUGGCAACUAUCCUGACUGCCCACGAGUAUGAGAAUCCCGAGCUCUCUCCAGCCGGACUGAGAGAAACAAAUGCCCGCCUCAUUUCUACACGACCCCCAGCCUCUACAGGGAUCAUUCGUCCUCGAAGAGAACAGAAGCUUAGCACAGUCUCAUGAAUGACCUAUGGAAUUUCCUGAUGCCUUAAUACAGAUAUUCUGGAGUGAGCAAAUUAUGGAGUGAUAUAAAAUAUUUGAUUUUCCAUAUAUAUUGAAAUUAUCAUUGUAUAGUUAUUGAUUACUAGAUAGCAGAAUGAAAUUGACAUCUCUAAACAGGGACCAAUGUACAAUUCUUUGUAUUGCAUCGCCACUGGAUUGACUCAUUUAUUACUGUUUGAACCUUAUUUUAUUAUUUUUUUUAGAGAAGUGUAUAUUUCCUGACAGAAGCGAAAUGUUGUGGGUGUUGACAAUGUGUAUCUGCGGACGAUAAGGCAACCAUGAUUAUUUUCUCCAUUUUUAGCAUCAGCAGACAUAUAUACAUUUAAUUUACAUAGUCACUUUUAAGGCUAAGGACAAGCGGGCUAACUCAGAUUUCGGGGGUUUCCAGAAAUCUUGACCUCCACCAAAAGUGGGCAUUAGCCUACCUCUCUAGAAGUUUGGAUUCAUUGGUGUGUAUAUAUUUGUUUGAUUAUAGAGAAAACUCUACUUGUCUUUUAAAGAAACUGAACAAGGGUCCAAAAAUACAAAUGACAUGAGCUUAGUAUAUGUUGUCACCAUCAUUCAACAUUUUAGGUGUCAAAAUUUCAAG